AUGAGCAAUUUUAGCAUAAAGAAAUCAGCUUCCCUCCAAUUUCAUAAUAUAAUAAUGGAUAAAAAUAGAAGUUUUCGUCCAAAGAGAAGAAUACAGAAAGGCGAAAAAGGCUACAAAUUGAGACAACUCAUUAAGCACACUCUGGGUACUGGAGAUCCUAAUAAAUAUGUUGAACUUCCUGAGGGCGAGAUGCUGUUAGAAUGGAUUUCCGUUCAUAUAAUUGAAUUUUAUAACGAAAUCAAUCUCAUAUAUUAAGAUUAAGUUAAGCUGUUCGCACUUGCAGGGCCGGGGAUUUGCACCUCUGCACGCUUAUCGCCUAUGGUAGACCUCGGAGGAAACCCUUCCUUGUUGCCUUAAACAAGGGAUUUCGCACACACCAGUCUUGACUUCCAUGGCUCUUGCAAUCUAAAGGCCAAUCAUCUGGGUCGAAACUCCCGUUUCUCGUUAGGCAAAUACCGUCUUCUUGAUCUGUGGGUCAUAUUGCCCACAAAGAUUGGCCGACCUUGCCCUUUCCAAUGAUUGUCCUGGAGGAAAAACCCCAAGUCCCGAGGAUUAGCUCCCUGAGGCCCGGAGAAAACCCAGCCCGAUACAUAAAGGAUUUCCGAUCCCUUUCGACCCCAAAUCCCCAACUCUGGGCUGUUGCCUGCUGCUGUUGAAGAAAUAGGGCUGGGAGGUUGGGUGGCACGUCGUCACCAUUUUUUAUGUAUAUACGAAAUUAAUCUCAUAUAUGGAGCUUUGGUCGAAUUUUGCACAGAUCAGUCUUGUAGGGUGAUGUCAGCUGGCCCAAGAUAUGAAUUUAGGUGGACUGACCAAAAUAGCCCAAUACCCCUUCAGCUUUCAGCACCCCAAUAUAUUAAUAAGCUUAUGGAAUGAAUUGAAGGUAAGCUCAAUGAUAGGAAUCUUUUCCCAACAGAGCUUGGUGUUGAUUUUCCCUCAAAUUUUAUACCUUCUGUAAAAGUAAUGCUAAAACGGCUAUUUAGGGUUUAUGCCCACCUUUAUCACACCCACAUGCAGAAAAUAAUUGAAGUAGAGAUGCUUCGCCACAUUAAUACAUCAUUUAAGCACUUUCUUUUUUUUGUGCUUACUCCACCUCUGUGAGCGAACAACCAUUGAGAAAAUCCAUAUUUUUUGAACAAAAUCCCACCCUCUGAGCGAACAAAAAAUAUUUUAGUAUAAAAAUUUUUGAUAUAUAAAUAAUAAUUAUUACAAUGAAAUCUCUAGCUAAUUCUAUUUAAUUUUAAUCAGCUUACAUUUUAAACAUAAACUUUACAAACUAAAUUAAUUUUUACUCAUCAAUUUCUAUAAAUCGAAAUUGUUUAAAUUUUUUUAAAAUAAAUCAAACCCCCUACGCUGGCGAACAAAAUUUUUUGCUCGCUCACGGAGGGGGGAGUUAGGUUUGACCUUGUUUCUGAAGAAGAGAUGAGCUCUUUGGGAGAGCUAAUAAAAGAAUUCAAAGACGAGUAUGGGUGUCAACCAGUAGUACUCUUAUAA